UUUUUGAUUAAAAAUCUAAAGAUGUCCAAUUUUUUACUAGCACAGCACCGUCGAUCGCCGCGCCAAUGAGCGUUUGUUUUGCGAGCGAUCGGUGGUUGAGAGCGGCGCCGGUGAUCGAAGAGGUUAAUGUAUCCCUUUUUCCCACCUAAAAUGAAUUCUGGUGUGGUUGAACACAUGCGAUUGCAUGAAAAGACUCGCCGUUUAUCAAAAUCGGAGGAAUUCUCUCCGCCAGAAAGCAAACGAUUAUGCUUGGAUAAUGAUUGUAAUAACAUUCUAAAUAGUAGCUUUGACAGUGGGUCUCAAAGUAAUACAAGAUGGUCAUAUUCUGGAACUGCCAGUCUUGUAGAACCGGAAAUUUUAGAAGAUAUGGGUGUUGGUAUGUUAGAAGAUGAAAGAAACUGUAAAAAUACAAAAACGUUAGAAUCUGAAGAUUGUACAGUGUUGCCAAUAAGUUUAGAUCAUAACAAAAGAUUGUUGACAAAUAAAACUAUUGGCUUUGAAUAUCAAGAGGAAGUUUAUACGAGUCCUGAUUUGGAAAUUGUUAAUACAAAGAGAACACAAAAAGACCCCUCUGAUUUAUAUGAUCUAAACGUGUUUGGCGACAUAGAGAAUGAAUCUGGCUAUUCAUCAAGAGUAGAAGCUGAUCAUUUUGGGGAUCUAAAAGAAAAUUUUGUCAAGGGAAACAUGAAUACUUCCAUCGAUAAGAAUGAACAAGCUUGUUUAGAUCAAUUUUGCUUAUUUCGAAGAAAAAGAAAACCUUCCAUUGAUGGUGAAGACAAGUUUAACAAAUUGUCGGAUGAAAUCAUUUUGAUGAUAUUAAAAUGGUUACCUAAAAAAUGUUUGGUACGCGCCAUGUUGGUAUGCAAACGUUGGUGUCAAAUAGCUCGUGAUGAAGUAUUAUGGACUAGAUUAGACUUGGGUAGUAAAGUUUUAGGCGAAGGCACAUUAGGGCAUAUAUUGCCACGAGGGGUACAAAUUCUAAGACUGGCACAAGCGGAAAUUGCAGAUUCUGUCUUUUCUAUGGGCAGUCAAGUUCUCAAUGGCUCUUACAUCAGUAAAUUACAAUAUUUGGAUUUAUCUAUGGCUGUUAUAUCGCCGAUUGGUUUAGCUGUGCUAUUAUCCAAAUGUAAAUAUCUGAAAAAGUUGUCAUUGGAGAAAUGUAUAUUAAAUAGAGACUGUUGUAAAGCUAUUAGUGAAAAUACCGAAUUAAAAGUCUUGAAUCUAACAAUGUGCGAAAAUUUAGAUAUUCAGUGUAUUCAUGAUGUAAUGAAGCUUGAAAGUUUAACUUCACUCAAUAUGGCAUGGUGUUCCUUGGAUAAUGACUGUAUGACUUUACUUUGUAAGGCAAUGCCGACAUCUAUUACGCGCCUAAAUAUAGCGGGCUGUAGGAAAACGCUAACUGAUGAUAACAUAAAAGACUUGUCAAAAAGGUGUCCAGAUAUUAUAGAAUUAGACUUGAGUGAUUGUGCUAUGCUUACAAUACUAAGUGUCCAUCAUUUACUAAAUUUUUCCAAAAUUGAGCAUUUAUCGCUGAGCCGUUGCUACAGCAUUCCACAAUCAGCGUAUAUAAGAUUAGCUCAUAUGCCGUGUCUAAUGUAUUUAGAUGUUUUCGGAUUGAUGUCGGAAUCAGUGCUCAAAUCGUUACAAGCUAACUUGCAUCAACAACCCGAAAUUAAUAAAUUCCUCUAUAGCUCGGUCGCAAGGCCGACAGUCGGUAUUCGAAGAACCAGUAUUUGGGGUCUUCGCGUUAGAGAUUGAAUUUGAGAAGCAUAAUACUCAUCGGUUUACAGUAAAUGUAACAAUAGGUUCGACCAAAGGGUAAAUGAUCUGUACGUAAUAUUGUACAGUACUGUUUUUACGCAGACUGAAUAUACCGUACUGAAAAAAUUUAAUUUAACUUGGGAAAGAGUGAGAUAAACAUUUAAGAUAAUACAUAUAGUUUUCUGACAAUUUAAUAUUGAAUUGUUGCUCAGAUAUAUUUAGAAGUUUUGUAAAUAGAUUAUUCUUAUAGUAAAAAGCACUGUGUUGAUACUUAACGUAUUGAAUUAUUACGGCUGUGCGAGACCGUCUUGUUUACUAGUAACUUCUAAUUAUAUUACACAAAUAAAAGUUUGUCAAUUUUGCUGCUACUAAUUUUGCUACUAAUUUGAAAGAUCUCAAAGAGAAUCGUGUAAAGUGAUCAGAUAUAGAUUUAUAUGUAUUGUUCAGCAUUCGCAAGAUGCAAGAGUUGAAAUCUAAAGGGUACUUGUGAUAACAAAUCAAUGUUCAUUAUUAAUUAACGAUUACAUAAUCUAUUACAUAUACAAUAAAAUAUCUUUAAUUAAA